UCCUUUCUGUCAAGUUCUUGUUCCUGGUACAGUUGUUGUUAUUGGUGUGGAUGGUGCUGUUGCCUAGUGGUAACCAAGAGGAAUGAUCUAUUUGUUUUCCAUCCCCAAGGAUUUGAAGGGGUUUUGUGAAGAAUCAUGUCUUCAGUUUGUAAGACUCCCCACGGAUCAGAUGCAAUGCCCGAGAUAGUAGUGAAAAUCAUUGGAAGUAAACACUUUCGAUACCUUGUGGAGAUACCAAAGAUCAAGGAGAAUGAAAACUUCAGUGAAACUCAAACAGCGCUUCAGAAAUCAGUGACUGGUAAUGCAAGGCAGAUGAGCAGAGAACCCCCGGCUCCCAUUAAACCCAGAGCUCAGCGAGUCAAUUGUAACCCAGAUGAUGUGGAAGACCGCAAGGACCCAGAGAACAACCAAAAACCCAUCAUAACAAGAGCAUGCAAUAGCAGAUUUCUGGAUGGCAAAGUGAGCAAUCAGGCAAAUGUCUACUGCAGCUCUGUACCAACUGGAGACCAGUCCCUAUCCUACAUCCACGGCCUACCCAGGAGAAGGCUUAGAGUCUGGUCCUUGGAACAGAUGGCGAGGGGCGGCUCUGACCAACCUGAGGUAAAUUAUGAAAAGCUACUUUGUUUUUUAAAAGCUGCAGCUUCAAAGGACCCACAGCCAAGCAGAAUAGUUGAGGACAGUGACCUGAGGAAAAUCCAGAGUCCUACCAGUCGGAACGAAAGCACUUCACCCCAAGACCCUGAUUCACAGUCAGAAGUGAACAAGAGCCUAACAGAGAUUUUGAAGAUGGCACUAAGAGCAGCCAAUGGCAAACUCAACACAGACCACCUCAACUUAAGUUUUCGAAAAGAAGAUCACUCAUUCUCGGGGUGCCUUCCUCCACCCAAGGUCAGAGCUAUAUGUGGGAAGCAUGGGCUGUAUCUGACCUUGAGCCUUCUGGAAACAUUGCUUAACCAUCAAGAUUUGGGUUACCAAAAUGAAAUAAAGUGGCAGAAUUUUGUAGAGUUGCUGAGUAGAGCUUCCUCUGAUAUGUUGUCUGAUUUGCCUACUGGAAAGAAUGAAAAGGAUGUUGCUGCCACUCCAGUGGAGCCUGAAGUUCCUGAGAUGUCUCAAAGCAAAAAUGAACAUAUGAAAACGCCAGAAGAAGAGCUGCAGCCAGAAAGCCCUCCUGCUGAUACGUUGGCCCCAAAAGAUCCUCUGAGCUCUUUGAAGAUCAGACCAGUGUCCCAGCCUUUUGUGGAUCGCAUCAUGAAGAAUGAGUCCGAAGAAUGUGAGACGUGGGUAGAUAGGUUCAGGAAGCUGGAAAAUGUACUCUACUUAUGUGAUCUCAGUAACACAGGAGUCCUAGAGAAGGAACGAGCCAGACGCCUCAUUCACAACUACAAUCUCAUUUACAACCUGUCCCUGAGCCCUCGGAAAAUCGACCAGGCCUUGCGGAGAUUUUGUUCGGGGGAAAAUAUGCUCUUGGAGCCUGCGCUGCGGUACUUAAAGGAGCUAUGA